AUGAACUCAAGGUUGUUCGAGCAGUUUGGAAGCAUGGAUGAACCAGGCUCCUGCUCAGACUUCACGCAGGAACUGAUCACUACCUCCGCAACAUCCCAGCCAGGCCUCACUUCCAUGCUCGAGCUGCCCUAUUCCUCGUUCUUUAAUCUCACCGAUGACACCCAAGAUCGGAAACUGAUUCAUCACUUUUGCACUGUUCUAUCACAUCUCAUUGUUUUCACGGAGGAGCCGGACAACUCAUUCCAAGAGCUCAUUCUCCCACUUGCUUCCGAGAACUCCCCUGUCUUGCACGCCAUGUGUGCUUUUUCCAAGGGACACCUUGAGUAUAUGGGUGUGCAGGACUCCAAGCAUUCAUCCAACUUCCGCGUUCUGGCAGCGGAGGGCGUCUUCAGUCUCGUGCAACAGAAUUGCCGCUACGAGGAGGUACUGGCAGCGACCAUGUUGCUCGUCUAUUACGAAUCGCUCACCCUCACUGGGUCCUCAAAUAUGGUACUUGAGCACCUUCGGAGUGCAUUUGUUGUCCUCAGCUCCAUGCCCAAGUCGGCAAAGAGCCAGAGCGUCAAGUUCCUCGAAAAGGCAUUUCAAUUUUACGACGUCAUUGCGGCCUUGUCACUCGCUGCCAGCCCAGUAUCGGCCACGCCUGACUCAGACCACGAGUAUCCCCUGGGUUUGCCAUCUCCGAAGUUGACUCGGACAACCUUUGGAGACCCUCUUCUAGGCAUGACUGGAGAUCUCUGGCCUAUUCUGUAUCGGCUCAGCUCUCUCAAAGCCCUGAAGGGCGACUUGGAAUCCGCCGUAACCGCAGACCAACAAUCCAAGGUCUCAGUGCUACGCACGGAGUACGAAGCAACAUCCAGAGCAAUUGAGAACGCCUUGCAGGAGUGGGCGCACAAGAUUCUCUACAGGCGAUGGUCCACAACUCGCUCGCCUAUCGCCAUAGUGCACUGGUUUACUUGA